UUCCACGGAUAAAUACAAAAUUUUGAAGAUAAUUACGAAGAUCGGAAAAAAUAGAAUAUCUCCAUUUUAUGUUAUGACGGCUUAAAGGCAGAAGAGUAAAAGUGUAAACCGACCUAGGAGCGAGUAUAUAAGGAGCCCUAGGCGAGAGGCAUGGGGGAGGACUUUUCAGAGCAAACUUAGCACUUAGAGCAAUUUUAGGCAACUUUUCGUUUUUGAUAUUCGAGCUGCGACUCAACUAGGUUUUGUAGUCUUAAGGUUUUAGAACUACGAAUCUCGCCGACAGCUCUUCAAGCCCAGGUUCUUACCUUGUUGUAACGCUCAGACGCGAAUUCGGAAUAAGAUCAAUUUUGCUCUCUUUUCUAUUUCUUAUACUUUAUCGUUGUUAUUCUCGUGUUCUGAUUGCUUGGCGUGUGGUAUUAGCAGAUAUCCGGGACCUCUGCAAAAUUAGAGUUUUCCUAGUUUCCUUAUUUAAACGGAAAUCAACAGUGCGAAUUUCGGUUCCCACAGUUUGGCGCUAGAAGGAGGGGGGGGGGGGGGGGUACGGAUCAAUCUAACCCGCAAAAGCCACAUCACGCUCAAUCAGACAUGUCAACUGACGACGCGGAUAACAUGCAGACUCUUCUUAACGGAGGCAGCAGCACCGAUCUCCACACUCCAGCAGCGGACGUAUCCGCGGCCAACGCACCAGCCAACGCUGCGGCGCUCGAGGAGUUUAAAAAGAUGUUCGCCACCUGCGAAAAGAGGUCGGAAGAACAGGACAGGCUCGUGAGUACCUUGACCAAACAGGUUGAAACCUUAACGGCAAGGACCAGAGCAAUCCGUCCCCACGGAACCACUAAAGUCCGCGGGAAAAGAAUCGACUUCGCCGCCCCACUCGAUAGGCCUGGACCCGCACGGGAACGACCUUCAGGUCAAAACCCCAGCGAAAGAUCUCCCAUCGAAAAAGGGAACCCUAAGAGUCCUCCGCCUCCCGCGAAGGAUUCGGAAGAUAAUGAAGUCGAGCACGUCGACCUGGAUCCUAGCGAUGUCUUCAACGAUACCGAUGAGGACGUUGACAGACAUCUGAGAAGGACCAGAAGCCGAUCCGCUCGGGAAAGCUCCCCCUUCGACAAACCAAUGACGGAAGAGGAGGAAAUCCUCUAUUGCAACGAGCAAGAGGAGCUGGCUGAAAAGCAAACCGAGCUCGCUCGCAGCAAAUGCCGACAAGCUCGGAAAUCUUCUGAGGAGACAUCGGAUAUUCGUGAUCUUCGCGAUUAUAUCACCAAGACUGCGGCAGAAGUAAGAGCCGUAAAAUCCCAAAUCCAUCACGCUACCAGCGCUGCCCCCGAGAUCGACAGGCUGCUAGAAGGGGCUCGGAAGAUCCCCUUCACCACUCGCAUCUCAUAUAUGAGGGUAUUCGAUCCGGGGAAGAUCAAAGUGUCAAAGUAUGAUGGUACGACCGAUCCAAAGGUGCACAUUCAGGCUUUCCACAUCACGAUGGGAAGAGCGAGGCUGAAGGACGGCGAAAAAGACACCGGCUACUUCCGUCUAUUCAUCGAGAACCUGGAAGGAGCAGCCCUCGAAUGGUUCGAACGCCUUAAGCGAAACUCUAUCCGGAGUUUCCGACAGCUCGCAUCAGAAUUUCUCAAACAAUACUCUAUGUUCAUAGAUAGAGAAACUUCUGAUGUCGAUCUCUGGAGUCUGUCCCGGAGGGAAGACGAACCCCUCCGCGAGUUCAUCAGCCGAUUCAAGCUGGUGAUGUCCAGGGUCAGUGGGAUAAGCGACAAAGUGGCCAUCGACGCGCUCAGAAAGACGCUCUGGUACAAGUCGAAAUUCAGAAAAUGGAUAACCCUCGACAAACCGCGGACGAUCCAGGACGCCCUCCACAAGGCAACAGACUACAUCAUAAUCGAGGAAGAAACGAAAGUUUUAUCGCAAAAACAUAAGUCGGCAAGACCAUCCUCGAAAGACGUAGAUCCGAAAGCGAAAAAAAAGAGCUCUCGUAACGACAAGUAUGUCCAUCACGAGGGGGAAGAUCUCCAAGGAGCGCACAAUUACAAGAUCAGUUCGGACCAAGGCCGAACCACGGGUAAUAAGUGGACCCGCAAUCAAGGAUAUGACGAAAACACCUUCUGGGAGUUCCACCAGUCUCGAGGACACUCUACGACCAACUGCAAAGUCUUGGGAGCAAGGCUGGCCGCGAAGCUACUCGUUGGAGAGCUCUCCGAAGUGACCAGCGUGAAAGAUCUCAUCCUCGAUUCCGAUCGUCCUCCAAAGACGGACAGAAAUCCGCCUGUGGAAAAAUCCCCUCAACAAAACCAAUUCGGGGAUAAACGCGGCAGAAGGCUGGACGACAAGGGAAAUGAUAACAAUCGUCGCAGAGUCAACAUGAUCAUCAGAGGAUCCCAAUACUGCAACGAUACCGUCUCGGCCAUCAAGGCUUACCAGCGGAAGGCAGAGUCAAGUGAAAACUGGCCUACAUGGUCUCCUCCCCGAGAUGGCCAAAAUUGCUCAAUCACCUUUACAAAGGAGGAAGCUGGCGGCAUCGAUCAACCUCACUGCGACCCGCUCGUCAUAGAUACGAGAUCUGGAAGUCGGGAGAGUACUCAUCGACACGAGAAGCAUGGUCAAUGUAAUCUUCUGCGACCCUCUCAAUCGAAUGAGCAUCGGACUCGGGGAAGUAACUCCGGCGCCAAAACAACUCACGAGUUUUUCGGGCGAAGUGUCGAUGACUCUCGGAUCAAUCCAGCUGCCAGUCAUGGCCAAGGAGAUCACGAAAAUCGUCAAGUUCGCGGUAGUCGAUCAUCCCGCUAUCUACAACGUGAUCAUGGGAACCUCAUGGCUCAACACCAUGCAAGCAGUUCCGUCAACGUACCACCUGGGUGUCAAAUUCCCAAACCCAAGCGGAGUCGCGGCUAUGUGGGGAUGUCAAAAACAGUCGCGGCUAUGCUUCCUCGCAGAGCACAAGUUAAGACAAAUCGCGACUUCUGCAACGAAAAAUCGCAAACACACGAAGAUAGAUCAAUCUUCGGCCAAAAACGCCCCAAGGAAAGACGAGUUAACAUCGUUUUCCGACCCAAACGCCUCGGACGUCGAAACUCAACAUGAGUCCGAAGCCGACAAUACAACUCAACCGGAACAUCCGGAAAAGAGCAUUGACCCAGCCACGAUCGUCACGAUCAAGGCGGCCAGCACGGCGAUAACCGUCGAGUAAAAAAACUCUCGCGGCAUGAAACAGAACUACGAGAUGGCUUGAUCCUCGAAAGGGGUACAUAGGCAGCUCGUCGAAAGACGAGUUCAGCUAUCCCCCUCGCUAAAAAAGGGGGGAGUGGGUGCGUAUACUCAUAUACUCCCACAUAGGAAAAGAUGCAUUAUUGUAACCGAUUUUUUAGAAAUUCCAAAAACUUUUACUACAAUUUACAUUGCUCCUUUUUAUCAAAAACGCAUACGCUUCGGUUAACGCAAAAAAUUUCAGGACACGCCUAGAAACGUUAAGACUCUUGUCAGCGGCCUCAUCCGGCCCAAAAUCGCAAAACAAUCAUCCUCAACACUUAAGAUACACGUAUAGUCCUCGAAACAACUGCGAGACGUCGCAAAGUUAAAAUUCGAGAUGAUACGAACAAAUUGUCCUAACGCGACCACCAAAACCUUACACCCCAUUCGUCGUUAGGCCCCGACGAACACGCCAGCCGUCUUAAACAAACGUAACUCGAUCACUCUUUUGAACUUCAAACGGCCAAUGCAAGGACGAAAGCGCGCUACAACAAAAAUCCGAAAUUUUAGUUUAGCACUUCCAGUUGGCUUAAAAAUUGUCUCUGAGAAGAUGCUCGAUUCAUACCGUACAAGUUGUAUAAGCCGAGAACCUAUCGUGGACUUUAAAUCGGUACGAAUCAAGAAGAAAUCACAACAGGAAAAACGAUAGCCGGCUAGUCACCGCACAAACCUUAAACCGAAAAUAAACCCAGGUCUUGCCCUAAACCCAUCGCAUUGGUCUCAGACAUCUCAAGACAUGAUAUCUAAAUGAUACGAGAUCCUAAAUCAUGUCUCUCCGUUCACAUCUCAACGUUCCCGAAAAUCGUAAGAAUAAGAAAUUUUCUACGAAAAGUCACGAACGAACCGACAGAUUGAACGUCUCAUCGGAAUUAAAUAUGAGACGACAACUCAUAUUUACUUCGAACCUACUCAGGAAAAUUCGAAAUAAAACAUCCAUCAUAUAUAUAAAAACCGCGUAAAGCGGUAGGGAUUCAAAGCCACCAACGGCCAGUCCCGGAAAACGAUAAAACGGCCAAAACAGGCCCAUACAAUCUCUCGAAAUAAAGGCCACAUUCGGCCACAAACGUAGAACAGAUAAAUAACCACCUCCCUCUUAAUGAUUACUCCACCUCUCAAGGUCCAAAGUAAAAGUCCCCGGACAACGAAGCUCCAAACGCAUCCGCAGGACGAUCUACUUCCUCACCAUCAUCGGGAAACCCAGUCGCGACCUCUUCAGUAUCAGGAGAAACCGGGAUGGGAUCCCAGAAUCCCUGGAUCCUCCCAUUCGAUCGAGGGAAUGAGCAUCUCAGCGUGAUCAUGUUCGUUCAUGCCGCCCUUCAUCAAACUCAUUUCCUUCUCGAAAACGUAGUGGUCGGCUCGCGUUUUCCAAAGACUUCUGACUGAACCACGGCACUCACGGAAAUCGCCCACCAUGGUAAAGGCGUCCUUGAGGUUCCCCUACUCGACCUGGAAUUCAGAGGCAUGAGUCUUCAUCACCUCGACGAUCUCCCUCUUGCCCUUCUGUUCCGCCUUGCGGACAGCCCUCGCAUGAUCACGAGCAAGUUGCGCAGCUCGCUCCAACAUCUCGCCUUGCAUGCGAGCGAGAUCUCUUUCCGCUUUCUCCGCUUUAAAACGAUAGACCAUGGCCUCCCAAUGGCCGAGCCAAGCAAGUUGAGGCCCUGCGAAACCGAUUAACACGUUAUAAGCGGAAAAAGAAACACCUAGGCAACCGCCAAAAUUUAAAAAAAAAAAAAACUAACCCCGUUGAUGAUGCGAGACCCUUCAGCGACGACUUUCGGCCUCUCCGAUUCAUUCGUAGGCGGAGGAGCAACAAAGCCCGAGGGUAGACCAGCAAAGAAAUCAUCGAAGUCCGGAAUAGGAACCUCGCUAGUACCGCUUCCAUCACCGUAAGCAAGGUCUGGAUCCCAUCCUGGAAGCAUAGAAUCGUCCAUCGAAAACUCUAUGUCACCAAGAUCGAUAUCCUUCCCCUUCGAAGAGUUCCACCCCAUCGCAACAGUGGGGGCAGCGUCAGGACUCUGAUCAUUGGGCUCGGAGUCGCUCCCCGUUUCCACCCCCGAAACAGGACCGGGACGCACAAACCUCAACGCCUUCCGAACUCGCUUCGGCGUAAAAGAAGUCCAUAAAAAUGGACCGUUCCUGAGAAGAUCCCUCACUUCAAUGAUAUCCUCGGGGAACGGAGCAAGCAGGUUGAUGAAGGGACGAUCAUUCGGCAACCUCCGGAACAGUGGGAUACAACUCUCUUCGACAGACGCAGCGUCUAUAUGAACGAAGAAGAAACAAUUCUUCCACGAGUUGAAGUUGGAGCUAAACCUUUUGACCACCGACAUAAAGCUCCGAGGGACCAGCCUAUACUUGUACGUAUCCUUGAUGAUCUGUUGCCUCAAAAGCGCUUCAAAGUGAUCGACGGUAAGGGUGAGACCAUGCUCGUAGCUCAAAAUCAGGAUUCCAAUGAGGUGCUGAAUGGCAAGGGGAUUCAGUUGGCUUAUCGCCACCUCGAAAUGGUCUAACAUGCGGACGAUAAUUUCGGGAAUCAGGAACCACAAGCGACAACGCACUACGAACGCUUCGUAACAAGUAAAGUAACCCUCCAGGGGCUACUAGCGCGUUCCCCUCGACGAGGAACCCGAAAUUCCACCGUGUCCAGAAUAUGGUAGAGCGACCGCAUGAUCUCGAGGAACUCGUCGGUACUCCUGCUUGGAGCCCCUUCCUCGACUGCACGAUGGGUCAGAACCGGGAACGACUUCUCUUUGGGAGGAGUGAUCGAACCGUAAUGCGCAACCCACCAUGCCUCAUUCUCGGCUGGGUCUACCGAAUGAGGCACAAACUCUAUCUUUGGAACAAGGAGCUCUUCAUGAACGCUUGCGGACGAAGAUCCUUUAUUUGAAAUCUUUUUCUUACUCGACAUUUUGUAUUUCUCUUUCUGGAAACUAGAAGAAAAGGAUAGAGAGAAAGAAAGAAAUUUUUUCUUAAGGAAAAUCUUUAUGAGAACAAGCAAGUGAAAAAAUUGUGAAGAAGUUACCUCCCUUCUUAUAGGCAUGAGGAAUUACUAUUUACUUGCAGAUUUUCGGACAUAAACUUCGCCCAAAUACACCAAUCUCGUCCGAACUCGCCAUACCGCGCGUUAGAAUCUCGCUGGAAACCCACGAUUCUAACGGGCUGAGGGGCUAACUGUUGGGGUCGAAAACGGUUACGACAAAGUUGACGUCCAAAUCUCCGUAAUACACAAGUAUGUCCCUCCGCAACAUAUUUUUUCGAGUUGAAGUUUCAUUCGAAUUCCAUUUAGAUCAAACAUAAGCCAUCAGAAACAUACCCAAACCAAUUACGGAUAGGUUCGAGUAUGACAAUCGGAACACGGACAAACCAAGCUCGGUCAUUGCGCAACUACCACACAUGUAUCCGGUCGCUACAUAGCGACCGAGCUUGAGUCAAGCUCGGUCGCUACGUAGCGACUGAGCGUCCGUCCCUCUCGGUCGCUACGUAGCGACCGAGCUCUUCCGAAAUGUCGAUUCGACACCAGCCCAUGCAAUCUCGUUUAUCCUUCAAUCCUAUCUCCUGAAGACCGUAGCGAAGUCAGUUCAUGUUGUCCGCCAUUCUAAGUCAUCAAUCAAACUUUGCGGUAAAAACCGCGGAAACUUCGUUCUUUAUCGAAAGAAAUCGUAAUAAACGUUUCGAGUCGGAAGACGGCCCAAAGGGACCUAAGAUACGACUCGAGGCCCAACUUAUGAUUUCUUAACCAAAAGCCCGUAAACCGUAGGACGGUUUACGCUUGGUGCGCAAGGAAAGAUAAAUGUGAAGUUUCCGCGGAUAAAUACGAAAUUUUGAAGAUAAUUACAAAGAUCGUAAAAAAUGGAAUAUCUCCAUUUUAUGCUAUGACGGCUUAAGGGCAGAAGAGUAAAAGCGUAAACCGACCUAGGAGCGAGUAUAUAAGGAGUCCUAGGCGAGAGGCAUGGGGGAGGACUUUUCACAGCAAACUUAGCACUUAGAGAAAUUUUAGGCAACUUUCCGUUUUAGAUAUUCGAGCUGCGACUUAACUAGGUUUUGUAGUCUUAAGGUUUUAGAACUAGGAAUCUCGCAGACAGCUCUCGAAACCCAGGUUCUUACAUUGUCGUAACGCUCAGACGUGAAUUCGGAAUAAGAUCUAUUUUGCUCUUUUUUCGAUUUCUUAUACUUUAUCGUUGUUAUUCUCGUGUUCUGAUUACUUGGCGUGUGGUAUUAGCAGAUAUCCGGAACCUCUAGGAAAUUAGGGUUUUCUUAGUUUCGUUAUUUAAACGGAAAUCGACAGUGCGAAUUUCGGUUCCCACACACAACAUUUUUCGUCCGGGCUGACAGCUUUGAUAAGUUCAUUAUGCAGGGGAGUCAAGAGAAAAGUUCCUAGGAACACUGCAGGCGUACCAGGCAACCACUAAGAGGUAAGCGGAGAACCACCUAUCUCUUUAGGCUUUAGUAUCUAAGUGGUAAUGGAAUCCGAGAUAAGCCUAAUAGCUGGGUGGAUAAAACGCCUUUUAGUGCUUGUCAACUUCCAUUGGAGUUGUUCCACGAAAGAAUCCCUGCCCAAGCGCCGGGAACACUGCUUCUCAGCAUCCUGCAAAGGAGCCAAAGAAAAACGUGAACUCUACAUCAAGACAUACUGGCCUUCUGGGUUCUUGGGUCCAAUUAGAGCAAAGGAGAGUAAAAGAAGCCAGAGGACACACGUUCCAGCUACUAUUCAUCUCUGGGUUUCGGGUUCCAGCUUCCAGGUCCCAGAUCCCAGGUCCCGGAUCCAGGUCCCGGGUCUCCGGCUACCUGCCUUACAUGGAGGUGAAAUCCAAUGGCUCCACGAAAAAGUAAGCUCCGACCACCUUCCUACCGCUUUUACCGACAACAAAUCCUGAUAUACCUCUUAAGGAAAUUAAGGCCUUUUACCCCGCUACAAACUCUCGGGGAAACUCAGGAUCCAUGCCUCUCCAAGUCUCCAAGGUUGCACCCCUCGACAAUUUGUAAGAAACGGAAGUUCCCAGUGAAGGAGUCAAGAAUACGCCAGUCUACAAGGAAGUAGGUCCAAGGCACGUACCUUCCUGAACUUCUACGAAAGACAUAACUGAGAGAAAAGAGAGGGCAAACGAGUUAACACUCAACCCAAGGGGCAAACAUGCGUCAACAAAUCUUGUUGGCUUGCCCACUAAAGGGAGGAUUCAAGACAAAGCGACAGGUAAUUUAGUAACAUCCAAGAAACGCUGAGAGUGGCUCACCCAAUAGGGAGCAGAGAGCAGCCAGAAGAAGUUACUAAAUGACAUCGACAAAAAGAGAAUAUCUACAGAUCCUCAUGUGCCAGAGCACUAGUUCCAAGGAGCCUCCAGGCUCUCAAGGAUAAAUCUACUGGUCCUCCAAGAGAAGUAGCCUCCACGCCUCAACAAAGAUCUCCAUUCCUCCAAGGUCCUGUUACAGGUCUAAGGACCCUGUAUCCAACUGACGAAUGUCAAACUCACUGAAGCAUCAGCAAGUCCAUCUCCGUCGGACCCUACAUCACUGGGAGAAACCUACGUGAGUUACAAGACCGUAAAGUAAAUCUUGUCGUCCAAUGAAAUGCAAAGAUCAAGGUCCUAAAUCCUACAAGAUCACCUUCGAAUAGGUCCAGAACCUGGAAGUUCUCCCGACUUCACCCAUGAAAUCGAAAGAUAAGGGGCAAACUAUUGGGAGUAAAUAAUUUUGGAAAAUACUACUCUUGUUUCCGGGCAGGACCCUGGUCUCCAUACAUCGGCAAGAAGAAGUUCUGACUCUGACUCCAACUACGAAGCUCCGGCUCCGACCUCUGCUCCUAUCCUUAACACCAGGUAAAAAUGAAAGGUAAAAACUUUCAAAACUCUUCCGCAAACGAAUUGUACUGUAUUCAAACUCAGAGUUUGUACAGGGAGCGACAAUAACAAUGGGUAUAAGACUUAAGGCAGGAAUAGGUCUGAUCAACCUGAGUAUGCUUGUCAAAACUACCUAUAACCCCGGUAUAGGCCUAGAGCCAUAUCGGGGCCCCAUAAGCAAGAGUACUGUAACACCUCCUGGUUAAUUCAGGGAGUUUGCAUAUUGCAUAAGUACUGCCACGUGUAGGGAGAAAUACAUAAAUUCCUGCUUCUCCAGACGUGGAAAGCAGCGUAAGCCUGGCACUUGGGUUUCCGAAUCCAUAACCAGCACCCCUAAGUCUGAUAGUGGCUUUCUGCAGAAAGCAGCAUGCAGCACGGGAACUCGAUAGUGACCAGCUUCCGAGCGGUAGAAUGUGAAAUCCCAACAGGUACCGGUAGUUGCCUCACCUAGGAUGGCAGAAUACGUUCCCUUAAAAUACAAAUCAAAUACCCCUCGGUUAUUAAGAACUUUCGGGUCCCCAUGCAGUCUCCGGGUCCUGAACAAAUUUCUUCAGGACAUGGAAAAGGUAAACCUCCAGGUUCUUUAUAACCCUCGGGCCCAACAACGACCUCAGGGUCUGAAGGAACCUCCGGGUUCCCAAACGACCUAUGAGUCAAGAAGCAACCUCCGGGUUCAAAACGACUUCAGGGUCCUAAAUACGACCUCAUGGUCUAGAGGAACUUCCGGGUUCCUAAUCGACCUCCGGGUCCCAAAACGACCUCAGGGUCCAAAAUACGACCUCAGCGUCUAGAGGAACCUCCGAGUUCCCAAUCGAUCUUCGGGUCCUAAAACGACCUCAGGGUCCUAAAUACGACCUCAGGGUCUAGAAGAACCUUCGGGUUCCCAAUCGACCUUCGGGUCCUUAAACGACCUCAGAGUCUAGAAGAACCUCCGGGUUCCCAAUCGACCUCCGGGUCCCUAAACGACCUCAGGUCUAGAGGAACCUCCAGGUUCCCAAUCGACCUACGGGUUCCAAAACGACCUCAGGGUCCUAAAUACGACCUCAAGGUCUAAAGGAACCUCCGGGUUCCCCAUCGACCUCUGGGUCCUCACUCAAACUUCGUGUUCUAAAGGCGAUCUCCGGGACUAGGGCAACCUCCGGGCUCCAGAAACGACCUUCGGGUCCCAACAACAUCUCCGGAUUCGGAAGCAGUACCAAGGUUUUGUUCGAUCCCAGGAUCCUGCCAUUAAAUCUCCGGGUCCCUAAGAGAGACCUGCUAUCUCUUCGGAAAAAUUCACGAGUAACCUAUCUAUGGAAGGUGUAAUGUGAAGCAUCCCUAUAAUCCAGGUUCAUGAGUCGAACACAUCUUGUUCCGUCUUUAAGACUUCCCAAAGGAUAGCUGGAUGACGCAAAGGAAGACACUGCUCCAAAAAGCUUACCUAGCAAUCAACGAGAGUCUACCCGACAAAGAUGACUUCGAGUCGAAAAGAUAUACGGGAAGGUCCCCUUGAAGGUCCACACAACCAUCAGGUUCCCGGACAAAAAUCCUUAUAACCUAAGGGUUUCUGGACUAAGGUCCAUACAAGCAACGGGUUCCUGGAUGAAAGUUUAUACAACCUCCGAUCACAUCUUCGAACCUAUGGGUUUUAGAAAGAUGUAUCUCUAAACCUCAAGAUUUUGGUAGAGCAUGCCUAGGAUCAUCUGGGUUUCAUGAAAGCACGACGCAAGGUCAUCCCAGCAUUGAUGGUGGCUACAUAGCUGAGAGUGGCCAAGGAUCAAUGGCAAAGUUCAACCAAUGUUUCCACCUUCUUUAUUUAGCAUGGAAACUACUGCUCGCGCAAACAACAUGUCCAGGAGAUCUACUCCGGUAUCAAGAAUCAACUAGGUUAUCUCCAGACACCAAGACGAACAUGCUGAAUGUCCCUUCUGCCAAAGUCAAGGUACGAUCCAGAGACGAGGCAAGAAGCUACAGCUACAACAUCAACACCAAAGGAGCAUCAAGUAUGCUAAACGCAGCAAGGAAACCGACACGGAGACCCUCCUGAAAGUCUAUUACAGCCUUUACAAGCUCAAGAGGCACAAGCAAGCCAGUAGAAUCAAGCAUGAGAAUCCUCAGUUUCGGCCUUCGGGUCUUAUUCAACCUCUUCGUCCUCCUGAUCCCUAGCCUCGCCAAGAUUCUCCCUAUUAAAAUUCCUGGGUCCUGACCCAUACACUCCUCCACACGAUUCGUGGAGCCAGAGAGCCUCAAGAAAUGCAAACUGAAGUCAGGCCUGAACUAAGCCCGAGUAAAACCACAGGAGAAGCAUAAGCACCAAGGUAUGAGCAGAAGCAUCACCCUUUAUGCAGGUGUUCCUGGCUUCUACAUCAAAAUUUCUGCCAAUUCCGGCAAAUCCCCACCGUAAGGGCAAUGUCUCAUCCUUAUAAAGGAGAAAAAGAAAGGCCUACAGGCCCGACCUGAUCUCGCACGACGGUGAUGUCCACCCUUAGAGCAUUUUCUAGGUCCUACAUUGUGGUCCGUCCUGAUUCUCCACUUCCAGGUCAUCCGAAUCGAAGGUCAUACAUCUCUAACCAGGCUGCAAAUCCUUUCAAACCGAGCGCAAGUACAUCCGAGAACGAUCGACAAAGCAGCGUGAUACUACGGUGCAACUUAUAAAGUCCUAUGAAGAAAGUCAUGUUAUUUCCUGCGUUCAAACAUGAAGCGAGAAAAUAAGGGGCAAACUGUUGGGGAAAAAUAUUCCAUUAAGAGAUUACUCCAGCUUCCGUCUUCCGGGUCCCUGCCUCUGGGUCCCGAGUCCCUGUCCCCGAGUCUGGGACCUUCCUCUGUCUUUCAGGCCAAGUGAUUUCUCAUGCCUUAAGAUAAAUGGAAAUCUUCCAUUUAUCAGGUAACCAGCUUGGGCAAGAAGGAUUCUUCCUAAAUCUAAGAGAAAGAGGAAGUAUUCCAAUACAUACGACCUCCCUUAAGAAAAUGAAAAUAUUCUAUUAUCUAAGGAUAAAAUGAAUAUUUCCAAAUCCAAAGAAGGGAGGCACGGCCUCUUCUGUAAAGAUAGGUUUCUAAACCGAAAGAGGGAGGUCCGUGACGUCCAUAACCAGAGCUCACCAAUUCUACAGCCGCUAAGGCAAGAUUCUACACCUAGAAGACCUUCUUCUCGGACAAGCCUAGGAGAGUCUGAUCCCGGCGAUUACUACCACGAAGAUGAGGUCCUAUGCUCUCUGCAGUACGUCUACAACUCUACAUACUGGACCAGGCCACGAUCUCCAGCACACCGACAGGGACACUCCAUGCUCAUCAAAGCAUAUCGAAGCUCCAUGCUCCCUGCAGCAUAUCGACUACUCCACCAUCUGUUCCGGCCAUGUGCCCCAUAGAACAGAUGACUCCUAUCAUCUACAACGCCACGUGCCCAUCCAGGCUACGUUUCUACAUCAGAGCUACGUGCUCCUUAGGCCAUGUGCCCAUUAUGCUAUGCGCCCAUCUAGGCUCUGUGCCUCCACAUACAUGAACUACGAACGGCUUGAUCCCUCACUGAAGGGUACGUAGGCAAUCCCCAUUGAAGGAUGCAGCUAUAAAUCCCAAACAUCCUUCUCGGUUCCUCAAGGACCAACCUUGGUAACCGGAACCCUCAACUACAGAUCAGGAGGCAAGCAGGGACCGACCCUGGAGUCGGCACCAUCAAUUGCAGACCCAGAAGACCCUACGAUCUUCACUGCAGACAGGCGGUUCCUGCCCAACAACCGAUCUUUCUUACUGCUACUAAGACACUGACGACAUAUACCAGCCCAUACCCGUAUGGCACUACCCUCAGAUCAGGAUCUCCUGGCUUAUCCACGACCGAAGCAGAAGAAAGUACCACGACGACCAGUCUCCUUCUUCCUAUCAUUUUGUAGUCUGAGCACGAAUCACUUGUACACAAAAAUCCCCUAACACAAGAGGUAAAUCAUCAUCAAAUCCAUGGUGAGGGAAUUCUCUGCGGUAGUCAUUGAAGCGCUCCCAUGCAUCCAAGAAAGACUCAUCAGUGAGCUGUCUGAAGGAGGUGAUCUUGUUUCUCAAUGCAAUUGUUCUCGUCUUAUAGUAGAAAUGGCUGAGGAAGAGAGCCGGUUGGGAGGGAGUUCAACCACCGUGCAGCUUUUCCAUCAAGAGAGAAUUGAAAUAGCAUGCACUUGAUGUAGUCUAGUGGGAGACCAUUCGCGCGAGUGAAACUGCAGAAUUUUUGGAAGCUCUCAAUAUGCUCCAUUGGAAUUUCAGUAGAGAGACCAGAGAACACCUUUCUCUGCACUAGGCCAAUCAAAGCAGGCUUCAUCUCGAAGUUUUGUCUGAGGCAGGGUGGAGGAAAUAUGGCAGAGCGCGUAGUAGAGAUGUUACGUGGAAGGUUUCUCUGCCCGAUCGGAACAGCUUGCUCCGGCUGUUCCUGCUGCUCUGCUGAGCAGCGAGUAGAGCAGCUUCCUCCUGAGCUUGGAUGGUCUGCUGCAUCUGAAAUAUCUGAUGUUUCACGAGUGCAUUGCAGCCGUGAGAUCAUCCUGAUUUGCGUGAUCACCCAUAAUGGUGUCGGUUUGUUCUUUCUAACCUUGCUAGCUUCUGGUUGGUAAGUGUCACCAAUUCUCCUUCUGCGUUUCUCCGAGUAUGUCUACUGGUCAUGCACCUCGAACAUGAGUUACAACAAAAAGGAUGGAGAAGUUAAAGGUCUUAGACUAAAUAAAUAACGAAAAAAUAAAGGUAAAAAGAUGGUCUCGGGAAACGGUGCCAAAUUGAUAUUACCUGUAUACGCACACCAAUUAACCUAAUGUGCACACUACCACAAUCGAAUGGUAUGUCGAUGUAGCAUUUUAGGAUCGAAUCCAUAGAGACCAAAAAUUACACUUUAUUUCUAUAGGAUCAAUAUCAAGCUAAAACAAUAUGGGGGUUUUGAGUUUAAAGAAGCAAAAUAAAGAAGUAAACAGAUUGGAUUAAGGUUUUCAGAUUAAAUAGAAUGCUACCCUAGGGUGGGUUGAUCGGAUGUUAAACAAGUGUGAGCAAAACAAUUAUUCAAGUUCAAUUUAGCUCUAGUCUAGAACUCGGAUCACUUAAGAUAGAUCAGCCCACUGUCGUGGUGCCUCACCUUUUGUCAAUCGAUCUCAGUACCUAACCUCUCGUUUGAACUGAGACGCGAUGACAAACGUUAAGAUCAACUCCGAUCUGUUCACGAAACACCCUAACAUCUAAUUUUGCUGGUUAGGGAUACAAGGCUCAAAUCAUAACAGAUCUAGCAACCUAUUACACGAUUAAUGAAUAGGUUAAACCUAGGAUCAAACAAUAACUGGCAAGUUUAAUGCAAGCAAUAAGAACAGUUAUGAAUGAAGACAAUUGAAUGAUUAAUGUAUUUAUGUUUAGCGCACAGAUCUAACACCCUAACACCCUAGACUAAGCAAGCUGACUACUCAGCCAUAAAGCAAGGAAACAAAGAUACUGAGGCUGAAUAAAACAUGUAUAGAUAAAAUUGAAUAAGCGUUCAGGGGGUUCUUCUCUGUGGUGAGAGAGAUGGAGUCUUUCCCUUUACAAAGUAUCAAAUCACAAAUCUCUAAAAGCUCAAGUCUGGUUCCUUGUCUCAAAAACAACAUAGAAUGUAAAAAGAAAGAGAAAAAUAUGAUAUAUCAAAGCCACAGGCGGCUGGGAGAAAAAUAUGGGAUAGUUAGGGAAAAUCAUGUAAUGACUUGUAGUUUCCUUAAAAAUUUCUGCGGUGAGAACAAGCAGUCGGGGUGCUCCACUCGAUCGGGACUGAAAAAUUCCAAAUUACACUUAUUUCUUCAUGCGCCCUUCUCUUGCUCAGCUACCACUCCGGACCUGAAAGGACUAAGAAUGGACUAGACAGACUCGAUAACUGACUGAAAACCUUAUGAAAACAUAUAUACAAAGGUGUUAAAAACACCAUUUAUGAGAGACUUAGAAAAUCUCUUCGGAUAGAUGCUCGAUUCUUACCAGACAAGUCGAAUAAGCCGAGAACCUAUCCCGGACAUUAAAUCGGUACGAGUCAGGUUAAGAUCGCAUACAAGAUACGUAAGCUGAAGUAGUCAUCGCACACCCUAAAACCGACCGUAAACCUAGAUCUUACUCUAAACCCAGCACACUGGUCUUUAACAUCUUAAGGCAUGGUAUUUGAUGAUACAAGAUACCAAAAGUUGUCUCUUCGUAUAUUCCACGUUCACUAAUCUUGGCAAAAAUUAAAAAAAAAUUCAAACAUCUACAAGAAAAAAUUAAACAACAAAUACAACGAUCUAUCGAAAAAGUUAGGGAUCCGAUGACAACUCAUAUUCUUCCCUCUACAUCUACAAGAAAGCAUGAACUCUUUAAACAUAAUAUCAUAAUUCUUUAAAACGAAAAAGCCGCCCAGCGGCAAGGAUUCGAAGCCACACACGGUCAGUCCCGAUAACAUAGAAACAUGGCCAUACUCGGCCAAAGAUAAAAAUAAACUGCCACACAUGGCCUAAACAAACGAGAAUUUGAUAUAUAACAUAAACAGGGAACACGUCCCCUUCGGAUACCAAGUCCAACCACCCAUUCCUUUCACGGGUCAAACUCAUGAUCUCCACAUAUCGACUGCCCGAACGAGCAAUCAUUAACCGGGGCGGUUUGCUGAUUCACCUCACCGGCUUUGACAGGGAUUUUCUAUCCCACUUUCUCCGAAUCAGGAGACACGGGGAUCAGAGCGCACUGAUCUCAAAUCCUUGCUUCGAUCUGAGGGAUCAUGGAAGCCAUGUUCGCAUUCCUAUUCAUGCGACGGGUCUGCUUACCCAACUCUAUUUCGUAAGUAUACUCGGGUACUUGAGUAAGGUAUAACCUGCCAACGGCACCGCCGCACUCGUGGUAAUCGCCAAUAGACUUGUGUGGGAACCGAAAUUCGCACUGUCGAUUUUUGAAAGUUAAAUAUGGAGGGAGGUCAAGAUAACCCGACUUUCCCUGAAGGUCCGGAUUCUCUGCGUAACCACACGAAAUCGAAAAAGAAGGACAGAUGACAAAACGUAAGUAAAAAGUCGCUCGAAGGCAUUUUAUUGAUUAAAUGAUAUGAAUACAAAAUUCCUCCGAAAGAAGAGAAGAGAUAUGCUGCGACAGAAAAUAUAGAGCUGCAGGAAGCAAAACGUCCUAAGCCUUGCCUUGCUAGUCUAACCACCUAAGCCCUAAGUUUUCUAAGCUAACAGGAAUUCUCUAAGUCUCUAGAUCUCGGAUUUGCUCUCAUGGCUCUGCCUCUUCCCCAAGUUUAUUUAUAUACUCCUCCUAGGUCGGUCUAUUCUCCCUUUGGGCCGGAUCUAUCGCGAAUAAGGCUUUUUCUGUUUUCGUCCAUCUUCCAUGUUUAUCAAGAAACUUGACAUUUAUCUUCGGGAAACUUGAUAUUUAUCUUGUUAUGUAAAGAUAAACACAAACCAUCAUACUUAUCUCGAAUUUAAUUUAAAAAAUCGUAAAUGGGCCGCUUGGUCAUGUUUGGGUCCUUCCGGGCAGUUCUUUAGACUUUCGACGUUCUUACGACUUUUCCGAGAAAGUACUCUUGUCACGAUUUCGAUCUUCUGAAAGAUCUCCAAUUCUUCGUAUAGUUGAGAUGAUGGUGUUUUAGGAUAACCGUCAUCGUCUUAUACGAUGGAUUGAGAUCUAUCCGUCAACUGAAGCUUUCGCGGUUUUCCAAAACUUUCCCGAUGAUUCCGAUCGAAGCGAAACGGGAGUUUUAGAUUCGCGAUUCUAAGGAUUCGAACUGCGAGGCUCCGAGUAAGGAUGCAAAGUGCGGGAUUGGACUAGCAUCGGGAUGGUUUUACGAGGAAUUGGCCGCACUUGCCAAACGGGUCGCAGCCCGGCGCCCAAGACCAUGACGUCGGUUUGGCCGCCGGCGCCCAGGGCCGUGACGCGGGUCUGGCCGCCAUCUCCUGGGGCCAUGAUGUCGGGCUGGCCGCCGGCGCCCCGGGCCGUGACUUCGGGCUGGCCGCAGGGGCCCCGGGCCGUGACGUCGGGCUGGCCGCCGGCUCCCAGGGCCGUGUCGUGGGCCUGGCCGCCGGCGCCCGGGGCCGUGGCUCGGGUCUGGCCGCCUGGCGUCCGGGGCUGUGUCCCCCGGGUAACCCGUUUUGGUUGUUCGUUUUCUCGGUUUUUCUUUUCAGCGAUUGUUUUGCGGAAAAUCCAUAGAUAAGAAAUAAUCUUAGCCGUUGAUUUCGAGAUAACCGGUUUUGACCCCAACAGUUAGCCCGUAAGACUCGGAGACGAUCUUGCGGGUGGACGAUAUGAGUUGAAAAUCGAAAUCUUUGGCUAAGGAUAUUUUGUUGCGGAAAUCCAUGUUACCCUUUCUUUUGUGGACAGUUUAUGUCGUUGAUUGAUAUGAUGCUCGGUGACUGCGGGUCGGAAGUCGUGCGCCUGUCAAGGGAGUUGGAGUCGUUGCAGGAGGCUUUGAAGCGUACUGAGGCUGUGUUACAGACCAUCGAGAAUGCCCAUGCUGCCCAGACAUCUCAGCUCGAAGUCCGAAUCGGCGAUCUCGAACGUGACCUCGGGAAGACCGCGAGUUCAUUGCUCAAAGUGAAGAAAGAGAAGAAACACAAGUCCUCCGAAGUCCGUCGUCUUCAACAGAAGAUUCAGAGUCUUGAGGAGACGGGGGCUCGCAAGUUGACGGAGACCGUUGAUCCCCGUGAUAACUUCUUCGCUCGUCUGACGAAGAUGGCCAUCCUGUUCGAGUCCCUGAUAGCUGUCCGUAAGAGGGACUUGGCUUUGGCGGGUAUCGAGGGGAGCCUAAGCGAGAUCCAGCUGUUUAGAGGCAAUGAGGCCCGUCUCUAGAUUCCGAAGAAGCUAGGCUGCUGUCGUGUAAGGAAGAGUGGGCGGUUUCCAGAGAGGACUUCGACUUGAUUCUCGCUGGUCUGAAAUCCGUGUGCACCCUUGUACCAGAUUUGGAGGGUUCAGAGGACCAGGGCCACGCAGUCGAGGAUCGCGAAGCUGGCGCGGAUGAGGCAGGCAGUGGUGGUGCGACUAAGGGAGGCGACAGCGAGACCGUUCCUACUUUUGGGUGAGUUUGAGGAUGAAGGUGAUGCUCCGGGGAGCAUCUAGGUUUAUCAAUCCCUUUAGGGAUUUUUUCUUUUAUUUUGAUUGUGUUUCGGCCGUCAUGAGGCCAUGAUGUAUGUUUUUAGGACUGGCCGUUGGUGGCUUUGAAUCCCGGCCUUUUUCAGAGCGUUUGUUGAACUUGCGGCUCAAUCUACAAAAUAUUAUGUUUUCAUAAGAACUUCUGUUUAUCGAAGUUAGAGGGACAGGGUGUGAGUUGUCGUCUCAUUCCUGCCUAUCAGAUGAUCACUGUAUCCACCGAUUAUACAAAGCGAGAAUUUUUUGCGGUUUACUAAUUUACGCGAAAAUUCGUGGAACGGACAGUCGUAAGCGAAGAGACAGGUUUUGGGAUCUCGUAUCGGGCGUUGAUACUAUGUCUAUGAGAUGUUGAAUACCAGCAAGGCUGGGUUUAGGGCAAGACCUAGGUUUACUCUCGGACUGAGGCUUUGUGAUGAAAAAUCGGCUUUCGUUUUGCCUAUUUGCGAUUUUAACCUGAUUCGUACCAUUUUAAAAUCCGCAAAGUGUUAUCGGCUUAUAUGAUUUGUCUGGGUAUGAACCGAGCUACUUCCGUUCGGAAGUGCUAACCAAAAUUUUGGAUUUCUUGUAUAGUGCGCUAUGUUAUCCUUGUCGGAUGUAAGAGAGCCUACCCUUAGGCGGCUUGUCUGUUUAGGACGUUAGAGUUCGUUUGUUGUGAUCAGCAACAACGAUAUGAUACACGUUUUGUAGGCGUAUGGAGUUUUUGUUGAAAAAUAUUUGUUCGAGCACGAAGCAACGUCUCGCAGUGCUGUGAAUUAAUUUUUCUUAUGCCAUAAAAGAAUUAUGGGCUUUUAGACCGCGAAUCAUUUUCGGGUGAUAAUUUUAUAAUCGUUUGGUGGAUACUGGAUCCGUUGUUGUAGCCGUUUAGUAAUUGGCGAAUUGUGUUGUUUGCAAAGAGUUUCGAAAAUUUGGAGUCUUUGUCUGUAAAGAGUUUCGAUAAUUUGGAGUGUUCGAAAAUCGUGGGAGAAUACGAGUAUACGCACCCCACUCCCCCCCCCCCCCCCCCCCCCCUUUAAUCGGGGGGAUAGCUGAACCCGCCGGUUAGCGAGUAGCCUACGUACCCCUUUUCGAAGAUCAAGCCGUCUUGUAGUUCUUUACUCCACGUUUAUGGUUAGUGUUAGUAUUUCAUAAGAUGCAUCGCGUUCCAAGUUCUUGGGAUUUUUACGUGUUGCAUGUUUGCGAUUUGAUACGAACCUGGUCGGACCACUUUUAUGACUUUGUACGGUCCUUCCCAGUUCGCUCCCAGAUUUCCUGCGUUUCGUUCGGCAGUGUUUUGGAAGACUUUACGCAAGACUAAAUCGCCUUCUUUGAACCUGCGAUGGCGCACGUUCACGUUAUAGUACCUUGCGGCAGCGUGCUGGUAAUUUUGGAUCCGAAUGAGCGCCUGGUCGCGGCGUUCGUUGAUAAGAUCGAGAUUGUCCAGCAGCUUGGCGUUGUUUAGAUCUUCCCGUUCGGGAAGGAAUCUUCCUCUUACACCGGGAAAUUCCACUUCCGCCGGAAUCAUGCAUUCUGUCCCGUAAACGAGGGCGAAGGGAGUUUCUCCCGUUGCUCGUCUCGGGGUGGAUCGAUGUGACUAGAGAGCCCCUUCGAGUUCUUCUGCCCAUCGCCCCUUUUUGGCUUCUAAGCGUUUUUUCAAUCCGUCUAGGACGGUUUUGUUUUAUGGUUUCCGCCUGUCCGUUGCACUGUGGAUAUCUAGGAGUGGACUUGUUAAGUCAUAUUUUCCAUUUCUUGCAGAAUGCCUCGAAUCGGGUAGAGAUAAACAAAUAUCCGUUGUCCGUUACAAUUUCGUAUGGGACGCCAUGUCUAGUUAUGAUGUGUUUCCAGACGAAGUUCUCGACUUGUGCGUCUUUGAUACUUGCGUAGGAUUCUGCUGCUACCCAUUUUGAAAAGAAAUCCGUGAGGACUAGGAGGAAACGUUUCUGCUUUGAUUUGUGUAAAGGUCCGACAAUGUCCAUGGACCAUCGCAUGAAGGGAUACCGGGACGAGAUAGAGGAGAGGAUCUCUGCGGCUUGGCGAAUCGUUGGAGCGUGUCUUUGGCACUUCUCGCAUUUCCGCGCGAAUUUCUCGCAAUCUUUGAUCAUAGUUGGCCAAUAAUAACCAUGCCGUUUUAUUUUGAUUGCGAGAGAUCUUCCGCCGGAGUGAUUUCCGCAUGAUCCGGAAUGGACCUCUUCAAUGAUUUUUCUCAUCUUUUCUCCUUCCGCGCAUGUCAUGAGAGAGCCGGAGAAUCGCCACUUAUAAAUUUUGAGUCCCGGGUCAGAGCUUGAGGCGAGGGCGGCUAAGGCAUCGGCCUGGACAUUUUCCGAAUGGGGAAUCCUGGUGAGGGCGAACUGGUCGAAGUCACGAGCCAAGUCCUGGACGAGUUUUAGACAUGCAUCCAUCCUUUUAUCCCUUGCUUCGUAUUCUCCGCUGUAAUGGUUUGCGACUAACUGAGAGUCGCACUAAGCGUGAAUAUUACGGAUUUUUAGUCCAUGGGCAAGCCGCAAGCCUGCGACAAGCGCUUCGUACUCUGCCUCAUUGUUUGAUGCGUGAAAAUCUAAACGGAAUGACUGCUCUAGGAUUUCUCCGGUAGGCGAGGCGAGUCGAAUCCCGAUCCCGGAUCCUUGUUUAGACGACGAUCCGUCGAUGUGAAGGACCUAAGUCGAAUUCGGUUCUUCGUUGGUUAUGUCUCCCGUGGGUAACUCUACCAACAAAUCUGCGAGUACUUGUGAUUUCGCGCAAGUCCUUGGGCGAUAUUCGACAUCGUACUCGCUUAAUUCGAUCGCCCAUUUUGCGAGUCUGCCGGACUGGCUUGGGCUGGGCAGAAUUGUCUGCAGGGGGAAUGUGGUGAGAACCACUAUGGUAUGAGACUGAAAAUACGGUCUCAGCUUUCUUGCUGAAGUUAUGACAGCGAAUGCCAAUUUUUCCAUCAAUGGAUAUCGAGUUUCCGCGUCUAGUAAUGUCUUGCUUACGUAAAAGAUCGAUUUUUCUUCUCGUAUCAAGACGCCGCUAACUGCCGAUGCAGAGACCGCGAUGUAGAGGAAUAAAGGUUCCGCCUUCUACGGGUUUCGCAAGAACGGGAGGAGUGGCCAGGUAAUGUUUCAGCAGUUGGAAACCCUUCUCACACUCCUCUGACCACUCGAACUUUUUAUUUCCCUUCAAUGUUUCGUAAAACGGAAGGCACUUAUCCGUGGAGCACGAGAUGAAACGAUUCAAGGCUGCGACUCUUCCGGUUAAUCUAUGGACCUCUCGUUUGGUUCUCGGAGAGACCAUUUCUAUCAGUGCGUCGAUUUUUUUAGGGUUGGCCUCUAUCCCGCGAAAUGUCACGAGGUAACCGAGGAACUCUCCCGAUGCUACCGCGAACCUGCAUUUUGCCGGAUUGAGUUUCAUCUUAUGCUGGUUCAGCCUUGCGAAACACUCUUCUAGGUGAGAUAUAUGAUCGCGUUCGUCAAGGGAUUUCAUGAGUAUAUUGUCGAUAUACACUUCCAAGGUUUUUCUGAGUUGUUCGAAAAACAUCUGGUUGACGAGCCGUUGAUAUGUGGCACCGGCGUUCUUAAGACCGGACGACAUUACUUUGUAGCAAUAUGUUCCACGAUUGGUGAUAAAUGCAGUUUUCUCGCGAUCGUCGGGGUUCAUCAUGAUCUGUUUGUAACCAGAGAAAGCGUCCAUGAAUGAUAAGAGUUUGUUCCCUGCGGUUGCUUCGACCAGUCGGUCGAUAUGCGGAAGCGGGAAACAGUCUUUUGGGCAUGCUUUGUUGAGAUCAGUAAAGUCUACGCAUACUCGCCACUUUCCGUUUUUCUUUUUGACUACGACGGGAUUGGCAAGCCAGUCGGGAUAUCUAACUUCUGUUAUCGACCCUACUUUGAGGAGUUUUUCGACUUCCUCAUUGAUUGCAGUGGCGCGUUCGGGUCCCAGCUUUCGUCUCUUUUGCUUGACGGGUUUGUGAGUCGGGUCGAUAUUAAGUUCAUGACAUGUUAUGUUGAUGUUGAUUCCUGUCAUAUCUUCCGCGGUCCAAGCGAACGUAUUGAGGUUCUUCUUGAGACAUGCUAUGAGCUCUGCUCUUAACGGUUCACGGAGAUUGGUUCCAAUUUCGACGCAUCGCUCUGGGUAAGACUCGUCGAGGCAGAUCGAGAUUACCGGCUCACAGGUGGGUUCACGCUUCCCUUCUAGGGCUUCAGCUCUUUGCGACUGCCAGAAGACCUCCGGAGAGUCUUGCAAUGCUGGUUCGUGAACCGUUUGCUUUUUUCGGGGGGUUUCGAUUUCAGAGCUUUUUCGUUUUAACCCAGCGGCUAGGCAGACUUGCGAUAUUUCACGAUCUCCUUGUAUCGUUUCGACCCCGAGAGGAGUCGGAAAUUUGAGGCAUAGGUGGAAUGUCGAGGGGAUCGCUCGCAUGGAAUUCAACCAUGGAGUUCCGACGAUCACAUUAUACGCUGUCGGACCAUCGACCACCAGGAAUUCCACGGUUUUGGUGACGCUCCCGGCUUUGACUGAGAGAUCAAUCGACCCAAGGGUCAACGUAAUGUUUCCCGAGAGUCCGACUACUGGACUGGGAUCGUCUGUGAUAGUGCUUAGAUCGAUCUCCAUUUUCUAAAGGGUGCUUUUAUAGAUAAUAUCGGCCAAGCAUCCGGUGUCGACCAAUACUCUUGCUACGUCGAUCUCUUGAAUCGUAAGUUCGAUCACGAGGAGGUUGUUGCGAGGUUUGGCUUGACGAGCCGUUGCUCGGUCCUCGAAUGACAUGAUGUUGCGGACAGGCGACGUGGUCAUGCUGAAUCUUAAUCGACUGGCGGUUUUUGAGUUAGAGAAUCUGACCCCCCUCCUUCUAGCGCCAAACUGUGGGAACCGAAAUUCGCACUGUCGAUUUUAGUAAGUUAAAUAUGGAGGAAGGUCAAGAUAACCCGACUUUCCCUGAAGGUCCGGAUUCUCUUUGUAACCUCACGAAAUCGAAAAAGAAGAACAGAUGACAAAACGUAAGUAAAAAGUCGCUCGAAGGCGUUUUAUUGAUUAAAUGAUAUGAAUACAAAAUUCCUCCGAAAGAAGAGAAGAGAUAUGCUGCGACAGAAAAUAUAGAGCUGCAGGCAGCAAAACGUCCUAAGCCUUGCCUUGCUAGUCUAACCACCUAAGCCCUAAGUUCUCUAAGCUAACAAGAAUUCUCUAAGUCU